AUUUAAUGGGCGUAUCCCAUAUGAUUUCAGCACAGCAGAGACGCCAUAUUGGAUUCGUAAAAUACCGUUGCAGUUUCCCUUUGACGCCUAGCCGAAAUGGGCAACCGAGACGACGAAUACGAUUAUUUGUUUAAAGUGGUGCUCAUUGGUGAUUCUGGAGUCGGAAAAAGCAACUUGCUGUCAAGAUUCACACGAAAUGAAUUCAACUUGGAGUCAAAGUCCACCAUUGGGGUUGAGUUUGCGACAAGGAGUAUACAGGUUGAUGGAAAGACAAUAAAGGCUCAGAUCUGGGACACUGCUGGCCAGGAACGGUACCGAGCCAUCACCUCCGCCUACUACAGAGGGGCAGUGGGCGCCCUCCUUGUCUAUGACAUUGCCAAGCACCUCACAUACGAACACGUCGAGCGGUGGCUGCGAGAAUUGAGAGAUCAUGCCGACCAGAACAUUGUGAUUAUGCUGGUUGGAAACAAGUCUGACCUGAGGCACCUCAGGGCCGUUCCAACCGAUGAGGCAAGAGGAUUCGCAGAGAAAAACGGCCUUUCGUUUAUUGAAACUUCAGCCCUUGACUCAACCAAUGUAGAAACAGCCUUCCAAAAUAUUCUUACAGAAAUUUAUCGUAUCGUAUCUGUGAAGCAAGUGCAAAUUGGAGCUGCGGGCAUUGGCGGGUCCCCAUGUGUGGACGAUAUGCGGCCCAUACAUGUGGAACCUACUGCUGACGACGGAGGCUACUAUCGUGUACCAUGCUGCCAGCAGCAGUGAUACAAAUGCAACCAAAUUUAUUUUCCUAUCAGCCUGUCAUUAAUUUGUAAUUGCUCGCAGGAAUACAUUAUUUCAAAGGCCUCGAAUUAGAUCAAACUGAGAGAAAAUUCUAAUUCCUAAUUAUUUAUUUUUAAUUUUCUAAGUUGUAAUGUAAAUAAUACUGAACAUUAUUAUUGCAAUUAUAUUGGUUUGUAGUGAUCGUUGAUAUGCUAUUGAUAGUCUAUUACCAACUGUAUGAUUUUACUUUUCCCAUUACCAGGCUCUUUGAUGAUU